AUGACUCAGCAUUCCCAGAGGUUCCGGCCGGACGCUGCAACGGAGCUGGAUUCUGAUCAUGGGGAACCAAGGGAACCUGCUGCAUUCUUGCUGGCGUUAUCGCCAGCGAACGAACGUGCGAGACGUGUUGCAACCAUAGAAGGGGAAACCCCAGUGAAACGCCCCCGCCGUGAGCGGGGGGGACACAAGACAAGAGCACAGAAAGAACGCAGAAGAGCGACCCUAGCGGGGGAGCGUGUUGCAGCUGAAGACUUCCCUUUGACACCAAACUACGGUGCGCAAUUGGAUAGUAAUCCUAAGGCUGUAGCAGCUCCUUCAGCAAGUGCCCGAAGUUCCUGCAAACCAGAUCCUGUUGAGGAAGGUGAAGUUAAGAGCUCUGUUGAGCCUGAGUCGGCUCGAAGUUCGGCAGGUGAAGCAGCAGUUGGGCUGACGAUUGAUCUCACAACUGAAGUCACACAACAACGGUUGCAACCCAGUUCGUCCCUGCCAUCUGGACCUGCGGAUGGGCCAAGGCCUUCAUCAUCAAGUUCAAGGGGAACAGCAUCAGGUUCCCGUGCUUUGCUGCUUUCUAGACUGUCCCGGAGUCGAAUCUUUAUCCUUUCCGAUUUUAACGGAGUGAUCAAUUGCGAUCAAUUCCUUCGGAAGACAUCGGAAGGACGAGAGGAGGCUGGGCAAAAGGUGACGUUGAAAAACAAGCAGGCAGUCCUGAGACUGCUGACUCACGCACCUGAAAUUCAGUUGGGCAUUCUCAGUUACAUCGGUCGGUGGAGCACUAAGAAGAGAUUAGGCUGCAUCGAAGCGAUCAAGGAGCUAAACCAGUACCUGCUAGACAGAAACUGUUCCAAGACUGUGGGGCUGCGGAUCACAGAUAGCCCUGACGAAAAGUCUGGAAUCGUGUGUCGGGUGAAGGCGCAUAGCUUCGUGGACGAUCGCUAUAGCACUGUUCAACAAACGGUGAACGAGGUUUGGGACAAGAAACUUCAAUCGGAAAUUUUCUUUCUGUCGGAGUUCCCACCUCGGAACCGGUACCUUCGGCACUGCAGGUCGUUUGAGGAGUUCGUUAGCCAGGUCUUGGCGGCUCGGUUCGUACCAACAGUAGACGAUCCUGUGUGGACUACUGAGUUUCCACCACCUGCCGCUGAAUCUGCGUGA